AAUAUUAAAAUAAAUAGGCUAAGUAAUAAACUUGAUUUUAAGAAACUUAGACCUUACAAAGUUACGAAGAAAAUUAGACCUAUUAAUUAUAAAAUAAAUCUUCUACUUGCCCUAGGAAAACAAAGAAGAACUAUAUAUCCGAAUUUUUACAUUUUACUAUUAGAAAAAGCACUAGUAGAUAAAAAAAUAGGUAAAGUUAUAUAG